AAACGUCAGGCAAGAACAAAGCUUGUUGUUGGCUUGUUGUUAGUUCGUUUUCGCAUUUGUUCUACAGUUUCUAUUAAAUAAUAAACAUACUUUACUGCGAUUAACUCUAAUUUAAUACGAAAUUCUAUAAAACAUAGGGCAUCCAUAAAAAUGAACCAUGGUGAAUGUUAUGAAAGGCGUUCUUGUUGAAUGCGACCCGGCUAUGAAACAGUUCCUCCUACACUUGGACGAGACUCUUGCACUAGGCAGGAAGUUUAUACUGCAAGACUUGGAUGAAACACACCUGUUUAUAUCUGUUGAUAUUGUGGAGACUUUACAGGCAAGGGUGGACAUAUUAAUGGACCAGCUCAGUAUACCAGUACACGACAAGGGACUGUAAAUACACAAGAUGUCUACAAGAGAGUCCGGACGAGUCAAGGAGGCUGACAAACGGAGAGUCCUAGACGAUGCAGCUAGG